CUUUUUAAAACUUCAUUCAAAAACUGAAAAAAGCACUCCUUCCAAAUAUGCGGCGGGCAUGUUUUUGUCGCUUUUGCGGACCAGCAAUCCCGCAUACAUAUAUGUAGGAUCCGAAUCCGAUUUUUGAACUCCAGAGCCCGCCACGGGAACGCUCUUUCUCCCCCUUUGCCUCAGUUCAAUUGCUCCAUUUUUGGAUUAGAUUUCGCCGAAGCUCCGACUAAGAGACAGAAUUCAAGCUGACAGCGAGGAAUGUCGUUGUCAGUCAAUAGCGAUUCACAAUCCAAAAACCCUAUCACCUUGUACAGCCGCAAAGAGAAAUCUCUCGGCGUUCUCUGCUCCAAUUUCUUGAGGUUGUACGACCGAGAUGAUGUGGAUUGCAUUGGAUUGGAUCAUGCCGCUGAUCAAUUAGGUGUUGAAAGACGCCGAAUUUACGACAUUGUUAACAUACUAGAGAGUGUUGGGUUGUUGUCCAGAAGAGCUAAGAAUCAGUACACUUGGAAGGGUUUCACUGCAGUUCCUCAGACUCUGGAAGCACUUAAGGAGGAAGGAUUGAAAGAGAAGCUCAAUGUCCAAAAGAUUGGAAGUGUUUCAAUGGAAAAUGAAUACCAACCAACUGUGAGCUCAAGCAACACACAGGAUAGCAAACAUGAUUUUUUGUCCCGAAGAGCUAAGAAUCAGUACACUUGCAAGGGUUUCACUGCACUUCCUCAGACUCUGGUUGCACUUAAGGAGGAAGGUUUGAGAGAGAAGCUCAAUGGCCAAAAGAUUGCUAGUGUUUCAAGGGAAAAUGAAUACCAACUAACUGUGAGCUCAAGCAACACACAAGAUAGCACACGUGAAUUGGCUAAAGAAGACAACACGAAGGAAAAAUCGGUGGCUCUCCUGACACAGAACUUCGGUGAUGCACUUAAGAAGGAAGGUUUGAGAGAGAAUCUCAAUGGCCAAAAGACUGCAAGUGUUUCAAUGGAAAAUGAUUACCAAGUAACUGUGAGCUCAAGCAACACACAAGAUAGCACACAUGAAUUGGUUAAAGGAGACAACAGGAAGGAAAAAUCGCUGGCUCUCCUGACACAGAACUUUGUAAAACUUUUUCUUUGUUCUGAAAUGGAAUUCAUCUCACUAGACAACGCUGCAUCAGCUUUGCUGGGUAACAUGCAUGAUCCAACUGCCAUGCGAACAAAGGUUAGACGCUUGUAUGACAUUGCGAAUGUCUUUGCAUCUAUGAACCUCAUUGAGAAGAUUCGUCACCCAGAAAGUGGAAAACCAGCAUUCAGAUGGAUAGGGCAGUUAGGAAAUCCAGCCAGGAGUGGGUCCAGUAGUGCUGCCAAUAUGAAUGGUCUAAAGAGGACAUUUGGGACGGAUAUUACAAAUAUUGUGUCAAAGAGAAACAAGGUUGGUUCAUCAUCAGAUGUGAAGCCAUGUGAAUAUGGGACACAGUAUGUGAAACAUGGUUACACGAAGGAUGAAAACUGCAAAUUGUCACCUGAGCGGCAUAAGCAAGGCUCCAAAGAAUUUGAGUUUGGUCCUUUCAGUCCCACUAGUGUACCAAGAGAGGUUCUUAGAAGCAUAAGUGGUGGUGGGCAUAUUCACAACUGGGAGAACCUGGCUUCUACAUAUCGCCCUCGGUAUUGCAAUAAGGCUGCAAGUGAUUUAUUUGGUCACUAUGUUGAGGCGUGGAAUUCAUGGUAUAUUGCGGCUGAUGAGAGUAAGCAUGAUCAAAUCCAUCCCGCCCCACUUUGAUUGCUUCCUCUCAUUCCAACGGCAGCUUUGUAUGAUCAGCACAGAGUCUACAUGUAUUCUCUUCAUCCUCUUGCAGAUGAGAACAAGUAGUUUUUCGUUUUGUUUCUUGAUGUAGCUCACAUCUAGUACCCUACAUUCCCACAUUAUUGAAGUCAGUUUUGGUUCACUGACUGAACUAAGAAAGCUGGUUUUCUUUUGGUUUUACUUGCCACCUCGCCUUCAAUUAGACUUGUAAGAUAAUGUGCAUAAUAAACAGUGUACAGGUG